AUGACAGUGAGCCCAAGUCUCCAUGCUAUUGUCAAUCAAGUAUGGAAAGGGUAUGACGACGUUCGCAUGGACGCUGUCUCAUCCAAACUGAAAUUGGGAGUUUCCUCACUGGUGCGCGAGGUUAAAAGUCUCAACCGCUCCUAUCGUGAACGUGGUAGUGGCACACUCUUUGGUGAUGACUCGGACGAUGAAGCAGUGGAUAUAGAUGAAGAGGACAAUGCGUACCAACUUGAUUGUGGCAAAGCGGACUCUAUUUUAAGUGAUGAUUGGUGGCUCAAAGAGGUUUAUUUACAACUCCGCCGUAAUGAAAUGCGUAAAAUGGAAAAAGAGGAAGUGAAAGAUCUCCCUUCCCCCAGCUCGGGUAUCGUCGAUGUGACUCUCUCAUCAUGUACUCCAUGUCCAAACUGUAGAAUGAUGAUAUAUGAUGAGGAGAUUAUGUCGGGGUGGAAGGUUGACGACCAAAAUCUCAACACAAUUUGUCCAUACUGCUUACCACAAGAAGACGGAAAACAGGGAACCGAUCGUAAU